CAUCAGUCGAAUCGUAGAAGACCACAUUUACAAAGCACCAUCAUGUCAGGACUACAAAGUAUUGACGUAUUCUGUCUAGUAAUACUGUGUAUUAGCGUAACGACAUCUGCCCCAGUAGAAAGGAUCCAUCUGGAGAAACUGUCCACUAUUUACCUGCCCCAUUCUUACGUCGACGGCGUCCCACAGUACAAAUACAACUCUCUGGCGGCCACCCAGUCGGCGUACGACGCUAGGCAACACGUGGUUUACGUCAUAGGUGGUAGUCUGUUGCACGCGUAUGACGUCGGCGAUCCACUGAACCCUACUAUGAUAUUGAAGACGAGGUUGGCGGGGGUGGAACUAUUGGACGUAGAAUUCUGUGGCGACCAUCUACUGGUGUCGAUGGACAACCUGGUGAACAAGGAGAAUGGAAUGGUGAAGGUUUACAGGAGAUACAAUACCGUUAAGAAAUCUCUGGAUCUCGUCCACACAAUCACCGUUGGGUCUUUGCCAGACAUGAUUCUUCCGACUUCCGACUGUCAAACAGUUGUGGUAGCAGUAGAAGCCGAGGCGUAUUAUAACGGAACUCAUUUCGUCGAUCCAGAGGGCGCUGUAGGGAUCAUCGAGUUCGAGCCACUAAAAGGUGCUGAGAGCGAACUCCAAUACACAAGACUCGACUUUAAAAAGUUCAAUAAAGAGUGGGAAGACCUGGUUGCUCGUGGAGCUAGAUUUGUGUACAGGAACAAUAAUAAUUCUUUCUCCAAUGAUGUAGAACCCGAGUUUAUCACCUUCAGCAAGGACGAACAGAUCGCUUACGUAUCAUUGCAGGAAAACAACGCCUUUGCUGAAGUGGACAUCAUCAACAAAGAAAUCCUUGCAAUCCAUCCAUUUGGAUACAAAAACUGGACGAACUCCAAGUUAGAUGCCAGUGACAAAGACCAUGCCAUCAACAUUCGAUCGUGGCCGGUGAUGGGGAUGUAUCUACCCGACUCUAUCAAGGCGAUCAGUGUGGGGGACAAGUCGUACCUACUGACAGCAAACGAAGGAGACACCAAGGACUAUACCAAUAUCCCCGGGUCUGGAGGCUUUAACGAGGCGACACGAGCGUCAAAACUCACCAUUGCCGAUUCCUCUGAUGUUGCCAGAUGGGCAGAUAUGAAUGGAUUUAACACAACUCUACUAGAUAAGGACAAUCUUGGACGCCUGAUGGUCAGUAACCUUGAAGGUAAGGUCGGCGACGCCUAUAAUGCACUGUACGCAUUUGGAGGAAGAAGUAUGUCUAUUUUUGACCUCAGCACAUUUGACCUCGUAUACGACACCGGAAGUGACGUGGAAGAACUGAUGGCACAGCAAGAACCAGAGAUGUUUAAUGCUGACGGAAAACUGAAAAAUGACGUGGUUUCAUCAACAAAAGAUACACGAUCUGAUAACAAGGGGCCCGAGGUUGAGGGUAUUGAAGCCGCGCAGAUCGGUUCGUCAGUGGUCAUCUUUCUGGGGAUAGAGAGGCCUGGGCUUAUUGCGGUCUACUCAAUAUCUGAUGACGUCAGCAGUUUGAAAUUCGAGAGCCUGUGGACCGGUAUAACAAAAACUGAUGACACCUUCGGUAAUCUGUACGGGCAGCGCGCCAUCAGCGGAGUAGAUCCCGAGGAUCUCAGGUAUAUCCCUCCACAGGACAGCCCAAACGGCCAACCCCUACUACUGUGCACAGGGACAGUCAGUGGUACGGUGUCCUUGCUCGAAGUUAGGGGUGUGAAUAAGGUUGGAAUCCAUAUACCGGACACAGACGGCCAUAUACAGGACACAGACGGCCAUAUACCCGACACAGACGGCAAGCCGGUGUUUGGUUGAAUAUUGAGCUUUGAGGGACAAUAACUGGCACUUCCCAUAAUUUGUUUGCAGUGUACAACAAAUGGCUGCUUGUGUGUAUUGCUUCAGAUGCAUAAGCUAAAAUAUCGUCUUUUUUUAAAUGAAACUAUUUAUUGUUAAUGAUAGUUUCACAAUGGUUCCGUCCAAUGCAAUGACUAGCGAAUGAGUACCUAUGUUCUGUCAUAUUCUAGACUAGUACUGUAUGGGUUAGUCGGAUGGCGCAAUGGAUAGUGAUAUAGCCUUUUACCAAGACUGCCGGGGUUCCCCGUUCGGAUGUGAAAAGGUAUUGGAUUGGAUCACUUGCCUUACCAUGCGGGCUUUUAUCCGGCAACUCCGACUUUCUCUUACAAUAAGACCAUUUGCACGCUUCCAUCCGUUGAUUUAUAUGAGUUUGAAAAACUUUGUUUUAUAAUUGUUGUAAACUACAUAAAUAAUGUAUUCAUAUUAAAUAUUGUAUUUGAAAUUAUCUAUUUAGUGUCUAUGCUACAUGUUGCCAUACAGUGUACGCCAAUAUCCUGCCAACAUUUGAUUUCAUGAACGUUUCCGAACCGUACUAACGUAUAUUGUAUAGUAAUUCAAUUCAGAAGGUAUGAAAGACCGUGGAAUUGUACUGGAGAAGAUAAUAUUUCGCUUGUUGUCUUGAUGGUGUCAAGUUAGUUUACUUCACAUUUCGAAAUUGUUGCAAUGAAAUCAAAUUAGCGAUUUGCAUUGCAUUCACGGAAGCCUUGGUGAAUACCUGGUGAUGCAUUAUAAUACUGAGCUGCCACUAAAUGUUAUGAAAUCUACUUAUUCAUAUCUGAACUUUUUUUAUAAAAUCACAACUAAUGGCAUUGUUAAAAUGUUAAUUCUAUUUUCCUAUCAAUAAAACA